AUGUCGUAUAUGUCGGAAGAAGAACGUUCAAAGCUGAAACACCCAAGAAGCAUAAAAGAUUGGGACUUUUACUUGCUUAAAAACCUAGACUCGUCACAGGUUAAUAAACGUCUUUCACACUCAGCCUUGGAUGAUGAGCUAAGAUGCUUGAAGCAGAUGUAUGAUGAAAACCAUCCUAUUUAUAAGACGGCUUGUCAUUGGCAUGACAAAUUGAGGGAAUUAAUCUGGCAACCGAGCGUUGAGAAGGUUUUCCCGAGUGCAAAAACCGACAGGUUUUCCCGAGUGCAAAAACCGACGGCUAUUACCGAGCGUAGGGGCAUAGAAACGUUGUCGAGCAAGCAUUGUGGCACUAAAAGUGAUAGUAAAAUUUGGAAGAAGAAGGAACAAAUCUCACCUUUACUUUUGGAGGCUGAUGUGGUUGAUCUGGAAUUGGAAAUCGCCCAGAAAAAGGGAAGACAUGAUAUUCAUCAAAUAGCAAGACGAGGAUAUAAAAAAUAUUCAGACAUAGAAUUUGGUCUAGUGGAGAGGGUGCAGAAGAAGAUCAAACCAAAUGAAAAUAAUGAAGAGGAGGAACCCAUUUCAAGUGAUGUCUCACUUGAUUUGCAGUCUCAGGCUCAACAACGAACUCCUGAACGCCAGUUCAGUCCAUUAACUGUGCCUGAGAUUGCCAAUGAUGAACCUCAGCCGAUCUGUUGGGAGUUCGAUGAACCAGUGCCAACCUGGCUAGAGAAAGUAGUAAGACGACAAGAGUUUUGA